GAUAUACCAAUGCUCUACAUUCUCAUAACAUCAGCCAUGCUUUCCAUUUUCAUUUUUCUCUUAUGUUUGCCUUCAGGGGUCCUUCCUUUUACCUUGUUCAACAAACUCCAAUUGCCAUCAUCCAUUACGGGUCCAGAGUCCCUCGCAUUCGACUUGAAAGGUGAAGGGCCCUACACCGGUGUUUCCGAUGGUAGAGUCCUCAAAUAUCAGGGGCCUGCUGUUGGUUUCACAGAUUUUGCCGUCACUUCACCAAAUAGGACCGAGGAAAUGUGUGAUGGCUCAAUUGAUCCAGCAUUGGAAGCCACCUGUGGGAGGCCAUUAGGCUUGGGUUUCAACUAUCACACAGGCGAUCUCUACAUGGUUGAUGCUUAUUUGGGACUCAUGGUGGUGGGUUCCAGUGGAGGGAUUGCUACCCAACUUGCUGCUGCUGCAGAAGGCAUCCCCUUUCGGUUUCUAGCAGGUCUGGACGUGGACCAAGGAAAUGGAAUGGUCUAUUUUACAGAAGCUAGCACUCGAUUCCAGUUAAGGGAUAUGCAGGAACUAAUUGCAAGCAAUGACAGUACAGGAAGCCUAUUUAGGUAUGAUCCGCAGAGCAGGGAGGUGAGAGUAUUGCUCGGGGGCCUUUCUGUGGCAGUUGGGGUGGCAGUAAGCAGAGAUGGUAUGUUUGUGCUUGUUGCUGAGUUAACUGCAAACAGAAUCCGUAGGUUUUGGCUUGGAGGUCCGAAAGCUAAUACUUCAGAAGUUUUCAUGGAACUCCUGGGAAAACCAAGUAACAUUAAGAGGAACGAAAGGGGAGAGUUCUGGGUGGCAAUAAACAAUGCAUUAGGACCACCGGCACCUCCAGAAUCACUUGUGAUGCCUCUAGGGCUAAGACUCAGCAAUGAUGGCAGGGUUUUAGAAGUAGCUCCUCUCGUUGGGGCAUAUCAAAUCAGUGCGAUCAGUGAAGUUCAAGAGCGUAAUGGGGAAUUAUAUGUAGCAUCUCUGGUUGCAGCUUAUGCCAGCAUUUACAGGACUUAGCUCGGAUCCUGAAACCGAAGUUUAGUAAUUAAUAACCAUAAAUAAAAGUUAACUUGUACUGUGUUUUUUCA